AUGGCCACAUACUUUGAAAGGGUUAGAGGCUACCUGGGGCAGUUGGAGGGCUAUAGCAUAGAGCAAAUCCCAAGAGAGAGGAAUACCCAUGCCGAUGCCCUCGCAAAGCUGGCUUCCACUAAGGAUGGAGAUGUCCUCAAAUCCGUACUUGUGGAAUACUUACCAAGGCCAGGCAUCAUUGAUUCAGACGUUCUUAUGGUCAGCAUCCCAAUGGAGUCGUGGGCCGACCUAAUUAUAAACUACCUGAAGGAUGGAGCUCUACCAACAGACAGGAAGGAGGCUCCAAGGUUGGUGUAUAAGGUCGCUCGGUACACCUUAGUAGAUGGAAUCCUAUAUAAGAGAGGGUUUUCUAUGCCGCUCUUGCGAUGUGUUGAUGAUGAGGAGGUGGUGAAAGUUCUGUAUGAAAUACAUGAGGGUGAAUGCGACAACCAUGUGAGUGGACCAUCCAUGGACAGAAAAGCCAUGAGGCAAGGGUACAGAGUGCCCUACAAAAUCAUCUCCGACAACGACACCCAGUUUGAGGGAGAAACGUUCGAGGAGUAUUGUAAGGAGAAAGGAAUAAGAAGAAGCUUUUCAGCUGUUGUGCUUCCACAGGCCAAUGGGCAGGUGGAGGCCAUUAACAAAGUCUUGAAGAAGAACCUAAAAACAAAGCUAUAG